GUCAUUAAUAUGAAUCGAUUGUCACAAAAGAUUCAAUUGAAAAUUAUAAUAAACUGCUUAUUAUCGGUUGGGCCGACAUAUCAUAAUUAUUAUUAUUAUCGUAAUCGCCAGCGAUUUACGCUAACACUAUCACAAUUGAUGGCACCGGUGUGUCUGAGAAAGGUUAGAAUGGAUGCUAGCGUUGAACACAUUGGACAGUUGUAUAAAGACUGCAAGCCGUGGGUCGUCCAAGUGAUUGUCCACAAUAUUACACUAUUAAAUGAACAGACCUCACACAACGGCACCGGCUUUAUAGUGGACAGUGAAUUGGGACUAAUUGUUACCAACUAUCAUGUGGUGAGCGAUAAUCCUUGUGUGACCAUUGAGUUUCCCAACAAUUUUUCCGAAUGGAGAUUCAUUGAGGGAAAACUGUCGAGUAAUGCCGACACCGAUACCAUAACCGGAAAAAUUGUUUAUAUUGAACCGCAACACGAUUUAGCGCUGAUACAAAUGAGACAAUAUGUGGCCUAUUCUUUGCCAAAUCUAGAACUGUCGGAUACGGUUCCCGAUGUUGGCGAUGAAGUGAUAACUAUUGGUUAUCCUGAUGUUCACAAUACAAUCCAAUAUGGCUUUAUUUGUUCAGUGCCGCACCAAAUAGACAUCAAUAUUGGAUAUCUAUUCAAUUUCGAUAGAUAUUCAGAUCCCAAUCAUACGUAUACUCUUCAUUCGUCUCCCGGAUGGCCCGGCAGUUCGGGUGGUCCCGUCAUUGAUAUGAAUGGCCGAGUUAUUGGCGUACACUUUGCAUCCUUAGACUACAAACUAAAUAUUGCCACCAAAUUAACCGAUGUUUAUGCAUUUAUUCAAAAGGGAAAACAUUAUAUGAACAGUAAUCUCAUUGAAUUACUUAAUGAAAGACAACAACGAUUUAAAAGACCAAACAAUUUGGGAGUUAUUUUAAGAGGAUUUAUUGUUCAAGGUUUCACAUAUAAUGCCAUAAAUGCCAGAGAUCAACUUGAAGUCAAUGAUAUCAUAACAGCUGUAAACGAGACUCAACUCACAGAUUGGAGACAAUUGACGUCUGCUUUAGACAACAUCACUGAUGACCAGAAUCUUCGGCUAACAGUUAUGAGAGAGAGAAGACUUGAAACUGGAAAACGAAUACUAAAUGAAUUGAAUCUACAAAUUAAGCCACAAAACAAUAUCAAUGAAUUUUAUUUUUAA